UAAAAAUUUGCAGUGCCAGACGCUCGCUGCCGCACUCGCUGCUCGUAGGUUGCGUUGGAGAGGUCACUUAUCUGGAGACCUGCCGGCAUAACCUAUUACACUGUUGGACUUGCACUACAAUAACCUGUUUAUUUACAUCUUUUAACUUGCUCGGGUGAGUGAUGACAGCGAUGAGCGACAAACACAGCUCCAACGGCGAUGGCCAGGAAAACCGAAAGAGCCUGACAUCGCACCUACCUGAUGGAGGGUCCUCGUCUACCAUCUGCAUUCCAGAGCCGAUGGGCAGCACAGAUUUCAUUCUGGUUAACGAUGAUACGCGGCGGCGGAAGACAACAUUGAAAGAAAACCUUAGCAAACUACAGACUAAAGCAAAAGAAAAAAUCCGCAAGGGAUGCACAAAGAAGCUGCUGAUGAAGCGGCUGCCUAUCACAAGGUGGUUUCCCGCUUACAAUGUCCCAUUCGCGGUCGGCGACCUGGUGGCUGGUAUCACGGUCGGCCUCACUGUCAUCCCGCAGGCCUUAGCCUACGCCAACAUUGCCGGUCUGCCACCUCAGUACGGACUGUACGGCUCCUUCUUCGGCUGCUUGCUCUACAUUUUUUUUGGGAGUUGCAAAGAUGUGCCGAUGGGGCCGACGGCCAUCAUUUCGCUGCUGACCUACCAGGCAGUCGGCGACAAAGGACCUGAGCACGCCAUCAUGCUCACCUUCCUCAGCGGUUGUGUUAUACUUCUCAUGGGCAUUCUUGGUUUGGGAUUCGUUAUCGACUUCGUCUCUGGGCCAGUUUCCUCUGGUUUCACCUCGGCAGUGGCCCUGAUCAUUGUCACCAGCCAGAUCAAAGACCUUCUUGGCAUUGGUCAGUUCGUUAAGGGCAACACGUUCGUCGAAAUGUGGACGGCAAUCGUCCAAAAUUUCCAACACGUCCGAGUUGCUGAUACAGUCAUGGGCAUCGUCUGCAUCGUUGUGCUUCUCCUCCUCAGGGCUUUGGGAACAAUAAGCAUCGGCCCGAAAGACGACGAAAAGAAAACAAUGUCGCAGAAAAUCACCAACAAGGUUUUGUGGUUGGUGUCAACGACAAGAAACGCGACUCUAGUGAUCGUCACUGGAAUCAUCGGGUGGGCUCUCGCGGAGAAGGGACAAAAGCCAUUCAUUCUAAUAGGCGAGGUGCCCGCUGGUCUGCCCAACAUCCAGCCCCCAGCUUUCACCGGCUACACCGACGAAGCCACCGGGGAACAUGUCUCGUUUUCCGAUAUCGUCUCGAAUCUCGGCUCUGGAAUAAUCGUGCUGCCUAUCCUCGCCAUUCUGGAGAAUAUUUCCAUCUGCAAAGCAUUUUCUGCUGGCAAAUCUGUGGAUGCAACCCAGGAAAUGAUUGCAAUUGGAAUUUGCAAUAUAGGAAAUUCGUUUGUGCAGGCUUUCCCAGGAACUGGAGCCCUCGCCAGAAGUGCGGUUAACAAUGCCAGUGGCGUCAGGACCCCUUUGGGUGGACUCUAUACUGGUCUUUUGGUCAUCCUAUCGCUCCUCUUUUUCACUCCGUUCUUCCAAUUCAUCCCAAAAACCGCCCUCGGUGCAUUGAUUAUCGCUGCCGUUAUCUUCAUGGUGGAAGUCAAGGUUGUGAAGCCCAUGUAUCGAUGCAAAAAGAUAGAUCUGAUUCCCUUUCUGGGUACCUUCAUUUUUUGUCUGGCGAUCAAGCUAGAGAUUGGAAUUAUUGUCGGUGUCGGCAUCAACAUUCUUUUCAUCCUCUACCAAGCAGCGAGACCAAAGAUUUCGAUUGAUAGAUUGUUUACCGGGGAGGGCAUCGAGUACAUGAUGCUGACACCAGAUAGGUGUCUUAUCUUCCCCUCGGUGGACUACGUGAGAAACUUGGUCACCAAGCACGGUACCAAAGAGGGUAUAUUCCCUGUUGUCAUUGACUGCUCUCACAUUUAUGGCGCUGACUUCACAGCUGCCAGGGUGGUUGAGAGCUUGACGAAUGACUUCGCGGCACGCAAUCAGCCGCUGUUCUUUUUCAACCUGAAACCCAGCGUGGUGGCCAUUUUUGAGGGACUGCAGCCUAAAGACUUUGUUGUGUAUUACGAGGAGAACGACCUUGACAUGCUGCUCAAAAGGAGAGCAGAGACAGCCUGAGGGUAAUUUAUUCUGGGGGUGGGGGCACGUGCAAAGAGGGAGCCUUUUGAAACAUUAAGACGUGCACUAGUCACUUAACCAGGCACUGUUCGUUCCAUUAUUCACCGAGUGGAUGGUUAUUAUUAUUUAGUUAGCAAGUCACCGAGCAGCGAAGUGAUUAAAUUAAUCAUUUUUCUCCAUUCACCCUCGCCUAGAUGAGUGUAUCAGAGAGUGCUGGCGCGUCGAACGUUCCAGGACGCGAUAUUAUCAUAAUGUUAAUACCUAUGCUGCUGGAUGUUUUCUCUCAAAGUAGACGGUUUAUUAAGAUAUAAUAUACAUGCAAUUUCGUCUACCACAGUGAAACAGCGUUUUGAUGAAUAAACAGAUACACAUAACGUACAAAUUUAGA